GUUGAACGUCAUGACGUAGGCUGGCGUCACGUAAACCUUUCGGCGCAAAAAUUCAAACGCUGAACAGGAACCAAACUAGCGUCGUAGCUUGCGCAUGUUCGCUGUAUUAUCACAAGCCUUUACUGGAUUAUAAAACAUUUGAGCUAAGAUGAGUGCGGCUUCCACGCCUGUCUCCCGUAUACGUGCAGGAUGGACGUCGUCCUCCAUGAAGAACAAGGGUCUGUCCCCUGCAGCCUGCAGUACCCCGCUGCUGACAGCCUUCCCCGGCAAUGACGACGAGCAAGAACGACGUCAGCGGCGAAGGUCAAGAGUCAUUGACCUUCAAACUGCCACGGACUCCUCCAUCAAUGACUCAACGUCUCACAGUGUCACAGGGACUCCUGCUGCCGUGCCCAAGCUGUCAAAUGCACAAAUCUCAGAGCAUUAUUCUACCUGCAUAAAACUCUCCACAGAGAAUAAAAUCACCACCAAAAAUGCAUUUGGUCUGCAUCUGAUUGAUUACAUGGCUGAUAUUCUCAAACAGAAGGAUUCUGAGCUCACAAACUUCAAGGUGGCAGCUGGCACUCUGGAUGCCAGCACAAAGAUCUAUGCUGUGAGGGUGGAUGCUGUUCAUGCUGACGCCUACAGGGUGCUGGGCGGCCUCGGGGCUGAGACCAAACCAGGAGACGAACACGGUUCUAAGGAAGAAGGCGGCGAUGAAGGUGAAGUGACUACAAAGCAGCCAAAGAAAAAGAGACCUCCUAAGAGGACAGUGGAGCAGAACCUUGGCAACAUCAAUAGCGCCGAGUCUGAGAGGAAGUGUGAGGUGGAUCCCAUGUUUCAGCGCAUGGCCUCGUCCUUCGAUGAGAGCAGCACGGCCGGAGUCUUCCUGUCGGUUCUCUUCAGUGAGGACAGUCGCUGCGAGCUGCUGUUUCCCUCCUACAUGACCCUCCUGCAGUCUGCGCCCUCCUACUCUCCUCCACCUCCCCAGGGAGUCCCCGCGUCCCCGUUCAUGGCCGGACUGCAACGUUCCAAGGACAAAAGCUCCAUCUGCCCCUCGCUGCAGGACUUCUCCUUCACCAGCUGGAACCCCGAGCAGACCAUGAAUCAGCUGUUGGAGAAGAUCAAGCAGGGGGAACACGCGUUCGACGUGAACGCCGAGCCCGAACAUGAAGAAGAUGACUGCCCCGACUUUGACGCCGACUACGAGGACGGAGCGGGUGACUGCGAGGAGAGGUCCAAGGAGCACAAGGACGGCUGUGAGGCCUCCGGCUCGGGCCGAGGAAGGGAUGUGAUUGCCAUCGGAGAGGGGGACAUCACCACCAUGUGUCUGCAGCUGUCCUCUCAGCCGAGGGAGUAUUCCUACUUCAGCCCCAGGACCAUGGCCACGUGGGCCGGACCCGGCUACUGGCAGUUCAAGCCGAAGCACAAGUUGGACCAUUUGCCCGACAAGGAGACCCGUAAAAGGAAACCCAAGAAGGCCUUUGAAAUAGACUUCAACGAGGACGUCAACUUUGACACCUACUUCCGUACCACAAGAGCUGCCACCACCAACAGCAAGUCGGGCCUCAGUGCCAGCAAUAAGAAAACAACGCUGCCAGCGGACUUCCAGUUCCCCCCGGAGACGCUGUCCCAGCUCAGCCUCAAACCCUCCAGCUCGUUGAGUCAAGAAGGCCAAAAAAGGCUGUCCGGGGAGCUCGGAGAAGGUAUUGGAGACUACGACUACAACAACGCCAACGACACAGCCAACUUCUGUCCAGGUCUUCAGGGAGGCGACAGCGAUGAUGAGGGCGAAGGGUUUGCCGGCUCAGACGACACGCAGCCAUCAGGUGACAGUAUACCUCUGCCCUCACAAGAUCAAGAGGGCCUCGCAACCUACGGGGAGGACGAUCUGGUACCCGAGCCCCACCGGGUCAACCAGAUUGAGAUUAAUUACGCUAAAACGGCAAAGAAAAUGGACAUGAAGAGACUCAAAACCAACAUGUGGACUCUUCUGACCGAGAGCCCAGAAAACCCAGCGGAGGAGGACGACGCCGGGGAGAAAUCGGGAGUGUGCGGGGAGAAAGUCUUCAGUAAGACCACAGAGACGCUGCUACAAAGAUUGCCAAACACGAUGGCUCAGAACCUGUCGGUGCCUCUGGCUUUUGUUGCUCUGCUUCAUCUUGCCAAUGAAAAGAAUUUGGAGUUGGUGGAGGUUGAUGACAUGUCCGAUAUCAUCAUCAGACAAGGCCCCUGAGGAUAAAUGAUUGAAUGAGACUCGCUGCCUUUCUCUACUUAUUGGUCUAUUUUACUCUUUACUGUUCUACUUCUGUUUGUUUAGAUGUAUUGAUGUUUUUUUUUCAUUUUCUAGCACAUACUCUGACAAAAGCAAUUGUUUCAAAGUCAAGUCUGCCUUUAUUCCUUCAUAAUUAAUUCAUUGGUCAACCACUUCACAAAAAAUGUAUAUUGUUAAACUAAAUAAAAGCCCUUUUUUCU